ACCGUUGGUGUCCACCAAGGCUCGGCCCUCUCGCCCCUGCUGUUCACUCUCUGUAUGGACACCGCGACGGCUGAUCUGCAAUCACCACAUCCAUGGAGCCUCCUGUAUGCAGAUGAUGUGUGCCUAUCAGAAACAGAAAACUGCCUAGCCCUGCAAAUCCAAACACAAGCAUGGAAAGACCGGCUCUCCGAAAACGGCAUGCGCCUGAACAUCAAGAAGACAGAGUACCUUGAAUGCGGCCCCCAGACCAACAGUACCAUCACUAUCGAUGGCGAGCCGCUGACUAAAGUUGCCCAAUUCAAGUACCUCGGGUCCCUUGUCACCUCAGACUGCGAAACCCUGCCAGACGCCAGACUCCGUGUCAACACAGCGUGGAUGAAGUGGCGUCAGGUGAGUGGAGUCUUAUGCGACAAGAGAAUGCCAAUCUAUCUUAAGGUGAAAGUCUAUAAGUCGAUUGUGCGCCCAGUGGCACUCUACGGGUCAGAGUGCUGGCCAGCGAUGACCAAACAUGAACAAGCUCUUCACACCAUGGAGAUGAAGAUGCUGAGGUGGCCUCUGGGUCUCACACGACUUGACCGAGUGAGGAACGAAGAGGUCAGGAAACAAUGGGGAGUGACACCGAUCACAGACAAGAUGCGAGAAGCGAGGCUCCGAUGGUAUGGCCAUGUUGUCCGUAGCGAUAAAAAUUCUAUCGCAAAGACAGCCCACCAAUUAGAUCUGGAGGGAAACAGGCCACAAGGAAGACCAAAAAAGCGCUGGAUGGACCGAAUCAAGGAUGAUAUGAAGGCUGUGAAUGUUACACCAGAAGACGCCCUUGAUAGGAAGAAGUGGAGGAAGGCAUGCAAGAUAGCGGACCCUGCGUCGCGGGAUAUAAACCGCUAGGAAGAAGAAGAACCGAAUGUCCUAAUCUAAUCUCUUUUCUUGGCUGACGUAACACAAUUGACACACAUAACACAUCAACUUUAAGCACACGUCACAUCAACUUUAAAAUUCACCCCAGCAUUAACAACAAGUUUUCAUCAAAUAUUCCCCAGACUUUACUUUUUAUUUAUCACAAAUGACCCAAAAUCACCAUGGACAUGUCACCCGAAAUCUACUUAACAGAUUUUAUAAUUUACUUUAAUUUCACCACUACUGAGCCAAUUUAAUGGUGAAGAUCAUCAGCUCGGCGAACAGAUAAUUUAGAAUUCAUCCAAUCUGCACAAUUGGCUUUUUUCUUUGAACAGGCUGUGCUUACCUUUAAAUCUUUUUAGACCGGUCUCCUGUUCGCCUCAUCGGCUUGGUUUAUAAAGGCCUCUCUUAUUAAAAUACAUAAAACAAUCUAAUCAGAAAAUAAGCACUAAGAAUAUAUAUUUAUCUUGUAACAUUGUUUAAGUUAAUGAACAAUUGUGUUGAAAACUGAGAUUACA